AUGGGUCAAGAUGCCCCUCCUCCGACACCGGAGGGGAUCUUUUCCCUGCUCGAUACAGACCUGUACAAAUUGACAAUGCAAUCUGCUGUGCUGAAGUAUUUUCCUGACGUUCAGGUUACGUAUGGCUUUACAAAUCGUACUCCCCACAUGAAACUAUCGCGAGCAGCAUACAAGUGGUUGAUAGAGCAAAUAAAUAAGCUUGGGAACAUCACUGUGACAGACGAAGAGAUCGAGUUCCUGAAAAAGGCCUGUCCCUACCUCAAUGAAGCCUACCUCCGAUACCUCCGCAAUUUCCGUCUCAAACCGUCUGAACAGAUUGAGAUCACCUUUACUCCUGUGCAAGACACCGGCAGCGAUGACGACUUGGGCGAUCUCGAAUACUUCACCAAAGGUCUCUGGGUUGAGACGAUCCUCUAUGAAAUCCCCCUCCUGGCACUCACGAGCGAGGCAUAUUUCAAAUUUUGUGACACGGACUGGGAUUACAGCCACCAAGAGGAGCGGGCAUACCGUAAGGGGGUUACUCUUUUGGAGAAUGGUUGCAUCUUCUCCGAAUUUGGUUCAAGACGGAGGCGGGAUUACCACACACACGACCUGGUCAUGAAAGGCUUGUGCCGUGCUGCGGAAGAGGGGAAGCAAAAAGGAUGGAAGGGAGUAUUCUCGGGCACUAGCAACGUUCAUUUCGCCAUGAAGUAUGGUGUGAAUCCAGUGGGAACUGUUGCGCACGAAUGGUACAUGGCCAUUGCCGCCUUCACAGAUGACUACGAGCAUGCCAACGAGCUGGCUUUGCGCUACUGGCUUGGAUGCUUUGGGGAAGGUGUUCUGGGCAUCGCGUUGACCGACACCUUCGGGACGCCUGCGUUCCUCGAUGCGUUCCGCAAGCCUAUUCCAGACUACACAACAGCUGGGUUUGGAGCAGACACCGUGCAGCCGUCAAAUCAGUCGACCACUACAGGAUCGACGCCAGAAAGCCUCGCGGACACCAAACCACCCGUGGUAGCACCCGUCCAGCCUAAUGGUCGACCAUCUACGAGGAAAACGUACGCUCAGGUCUUUCAGGGCGUGCGACAGGACUCGGGCGAUCCAGCGUAUUUCGUCAAGAUGGUCCGGGAAUUCUACGACAAGGAAGGCAUUAAGGACAAAAAGGUCAUUGUCUUCUCAGAUUCUUUGAACGUCGAUUCUUGCCUGGAAUAUAAAGUGAUUGCCGAGGAGGCCGGCUUCCAGCCUGUCUUUGGCGUCGGUACAUUCUUAACCAAUGACUUCCGGAGAAAGUCCGACGGACAAAAAUCGGUGCCCCUGAACAUUGUCAUCAAGAUCGCCACUGCAGGGGGUCGUCCUGCCGUCAAGCUCAGCGACAACCUGGGCAAGAACACAGGCGACAAGACCACAGUCCAGGAUGUGAAGAAGCGACUGGGCUAUAUCGAACACACCUGGGAGAAGGGUGACGAGGCAGCGCGAUGGGGGAAGAAGGGCGAGUAA